CGCCCCUCGCGGGCGCGGCCCUGAAAUAGGGCCCCGGCCGCCGCCGCCGCCGCGGGCAGCGCAGGAGCCGUGGCCAUGCCCGCUGCUGCUGCCCCUGCGGCCGCCCCCGGCGGCAAGGCCAAGCUCACGCACCCCGGCAAGGCCAUCCUGGCAGGUGGCCUGGCCGGAGGCAUCGAGAUCUGCAUCACAUUCCCUACCGAGUAUGUGAAGACGCAGCUGCAGCUGGAUGAGAAGGCAAACCCUCCCCGCUACAAGGGCAUCGGGGACUGUGUGAAGCAGACUGUCCGUGACCAUGGCAUCCGGGGGCUGUACCGGGGGCUCAGCUCCCUGGUGUACGGCUCCAUCCCCAAGGCUGCUGUCAGGUUCGGGAUGUUCGAGUUCCUCAGUAACCAGAUGAGAGACGAGCAGGGGCGGCUGGACAGCACUCGGGGCCUCAUCUGCGGGCUGGGCGCUGGAGUGGCCGAGGCCGUGGCCGUUGUUUGCCCCAUGGAGACCAUAAAGGUGAAGUUUAUCCAUGACCAGUGCUCCCCCAAGCCCAAAUACCGUGGCUUCUUCCAUGGUGUGCGGGAGAUUGUUCGGGAACAGGGGCUCAAGGGGACCUACCAAGGCUUAACCGCAACCGUCCUCAAGCAAGGCUCAAACCAGGCCAUCCGAUUCUUUGUCAUGACCUCCCUCAAGAACUGGUACAAAGGGGAUGAUCCCAACAAGGUCAUCAACCCCUUCGUCACGGGGGUGUUUGGAGCCCUUGCCGGAGCCGCAAGUGUCUUUGGCAACACCCCCUUGGAUGUGGUAAAGACCAGGAUGCAGGGGCUGGAAGCGCACAAGUACAAGAGCACCUGGGACUGUGCCUACCAGAUCAUGAAAUACGAAGGGCCCCUUGCGUUUUACAAGGGCACGGUGCCUCGCCUGGGCCGCGUCUGCCUCGAUGUGGCUAUCGUCUUCAUCAUCUACGACGAGGUGGUCAAGGUCCUCAACAAGGUGUGGAAAACGGACUGAGGGGGCCGGGCCAGGCGGCCCCCACCUCACUCACCCUGUGGGGAUGCAGCUGGAGAGCCGUGACCAAGCCCACUGGGGCCAAGUCUGCCCCACACCCGCCUUCCCCCCACACCCGGCCACCUUUAUGUUUAGUAACAGGCUCUGGAGCAGGUUAAAUUAUUAGUUGUGCGCUAAAAGGAGCAGGGAGGGAGCAGCAUCUCAGCAUCCAGACCCUCAGCAUCCCGGUUAUGCCCACCCUGAGCCCCUGGUGACACUUCUUCCUGGUCCUGUAUCACUUGCAAGCGCCAGUUAUCCAGGACAAGGUGUCCCCUGGGACAGUGGCCCAGGCCCCCAGCAGCCAGGAGUUGCCUGUGGGCCAGCUCUUUUUUGGGUGCUGAGAGCUCCCCCAAGCCAUGUGGGCACAAUGUCCAUGCUGUGCAGCAAGCACUGCAGCUGGAGGAGGCUCUUGGGGCUGAUGCACCAGCUGGGAGCGAUGCGGUGGGUCUCACAGCAGCUCCAUGGGGAUCCACCAGCCCUGUACACCCCGGUAUGGGAUGGCAGCGACCUGCUGCUGUGGUCCCAGGCUCCCUCCUCCCUGCCAGCACCAACCCCCUGGGGUGCUGCAUCCCAGCCCCGGGUCCUGCUCAGUGCUGGGCUGCCCGCAGUUGCACAUACAGCCAGGCCUUUAGUUCUUGCUGCGGGGCCGGGGUGAGCCGGGUGCCCCAUCACUUGCCGUUUACAGUCGAGACGCGUGUGCGAGCCGGGGCGAGGAGGCACAGCCCCGUCCCGCAGACUUGGCCCCUCGGCCGGGGUGCAAACCCCUUUUUCUGCCACAUUCCCCCCAUCUGCCCUCCCGCUGCCUCUCCGCAGCUCCAUAGGUAAUCCUGUAGCUUUCCGAGCUUCAUGCUGACCCACUAACACCUGUGGCCGUGGGGCUGGAGCCCCGCUCUGCCCCAUGCUGGGCUUGGCCCCGCCGGAUUUGUGCCAAACUUCUCCCAAAGGAGCUGGGGGUGGGCACGGGAGCCGGGGCUCGACCCAUCCCUUCUCCCUCCUGUUGCCAGUGAUGAGCGCAGCCUUAACACAGGAGGGCAAAGGAGGAGAAGGAAAGCCCGGGCACGGUUUACCUGUGGCUUUCUGCUCUGAAGCCAGUGAGGGUUGCAUUGGGUUUGUUUGGUUUUUUUACUGUUAUUCUGUUUUACAUUCGCAAUUUGAAUAAAAUCAGUCUGGCUUUA